AUGUCUGUUGAUUCUAGCGGAUCCAGUGAGAAAGUUUGGUCACAAUCUGAAAAGUUACACAAAUUAAUUAUUUCAUACAAUAGGCAUGUGCUGGCUGAAGGCAAGUUGGUGCUGGGAGCAAGAAGAUCUCUCUUGGACGCUGGUGCGGGAGGUGGAAGCGCCACGUUGAGGUGCAGAGCAUCAAAUCGAGCUGGUACCGUGCUGUCCAGGCCGGUGCUGCUACAACCAGGUAAAUUGGAAGAAAAAUUCAAGAAUGUGCGGUACAACAAAAAGAAAGUCUAAACUUAAAAAGUUGUAUCAAUGCUUUGAAAUAAUUUAAGAUACGGUAUUCUACUUUGUUUGAAAUAAUACUUGUAAGGUUUCUUUUAAUGUAAAAAAGCCAUAAAACAAAUAUAUCGGAAAAAUAUUUUCUUGCCUUAAAAUUUAAACUUUUUCAUGAAUAUGACGGAGAGCGUAAACUCCGUCUCCGUCAUAUUCAUGACGUCGUUUUGAUAUGUACACGAAACAUAUGCAUAGAGCAGAAGAUUAAAGAUCUCAAUAAAGCAAAAACAAUGCUAUCUCACGACCGAUUAAGAAGUAAAUAAGCUAAGAACAGCGCCAUCUACGAAUUUGAUGUAUAAUUAAUAGGCAUAUAUUGAUGGAGCGCGUGCGCGCUCCGCUGUGGUGUUGAGACGGCACUUUCAAGCGUGCCGGAGCGGAGCCGCGCUUUUGUGGCGUCUGUCCCCUCACCACCGCUCCUCGCUAUAG